AAAAUAUAUGGUGUACUGCUGAGAACUACCGUGCAUCACAUUUAAAGUAUCUAAUGUAGAAAAAAACAUGCGACGGUACCUGGUAAUUCCUGAAAUUUAGGAAAUAGCCAAGUUGUUUUCAGCUAUUAAUAUGGCAUCUAGGAUCAUUGUUAGAAAUCUGCCUAAAGAUGUAAGAAAAACGAUAUUACUUUCUUAUUUUUCUUUGAGUCUGCUGUAUUUGAAAGACAAUGCGGAGAUACGUUUUCGAUAAUCCCUAAUUUUUCAGAUUUUCAUUCCUGGAGGCUGGAGUUGGUUGACUACUCUUAUACUCACUCAAACACCAUUUAUUUAAAUAUAUAACACUCGAGUCUAAAGAUAAGCUAGACUAAUAAAGAACAACUGAGGUUUUUUUUUCUAAAAAGUAACUGUUUGUCGAUCAAGGCUUCCAUAUUUAUAUAAUUCAUAUAAUUUAUUAUAAUGAAAUGUGAGCCAUCCAUUUUGAUCACACUUCAGUAGUGACUAGUAUUAUUAAGUACUGCUAAUGAAAAUCCGUAAAUUGGGCAUUGUGAUUUCCUGAAUCCACUUUCAUUUUAUUAAUCAUGAUAUGGCUCCAUAAUAUGGACGUACAACAAUACCUUGUUUUAAAAUUUGUUAUAGGACAGGCCUAAUAAGUAAUAGUCUAAUAGUGUAACUUCUUUUCUAAAUUAAAUGAAUUACCAUUGGCCUUGGCUUGGCUACUAUUUUGAAAAUAUAUUUAUGGUUGUUUUUAGAUAACAAAAGAUAAGCUUGUACAGCACAUUCAGAAGAACUGCCCAACAACUGUGGUGACUGACUGUAACCUAAAAUACACGUCAGAUGGCGUUUUUAGAAAAUUCGGAUUUGUUGGAUUUGAUGCUCCAGAGCAAGCAACCCUUGUUCAAAAGAAACUUAAUGGCACAUUUAUUAGAACAACCAAAAUUCAGGUAACUGUACCACAACACAAUUUUAGUGCCCCUAAUGUCCCAUUAUUUUUAUAAAAUUUAAAGUUUAAUAUUUACUAAUGUGACAAAAUAUUGAAUGAGUGAAAUGUUAAACUUAAACAGAAUAAAUUUUAUUACAUCAUUUAAUAGUACCUAUAUUUUAAAAUGUAUGACUAUGGAAUUUUGUAACAGUAGAAAUGAACAUUAAUUUAUAAACCAAGGCCUAUGCCUAUUAAUGCUUUAAUUUGGUUAAUAUUAAAACAAGUGUCUCAAUAUGAUUAAAUAACAGACAGAAUUUUAACUCUGUAUUUUAUGCCUAUGAAAGACUUGUUCAUUAAGUUUAAAACUUGUUUUGUAUUUAUUUACUACAGCUAUUUAAAAUUAAAGACAGUUUCUGACUAUAUUAUAUUAUUAUUGGCACCUGUUGUAAGAUUUAUAAUAAUUUAUUUAUUCUAACUCUAAUCCUGGAAUUAUUCAAUUACUUGUUUUAAGAAUUGGAUUAAGAUUAAACGAAACAAUAUUUAAAUUUAACUACUUUAAUGUACAUCAGGCCUGAUUGUAGAGUAUUCUUUUAAAAAAUUUGUUAAUAAAUAUUCAUAUUUUGAUAAACUUUUUCUCUAAUAUAAAGGUUGAGAUUGCUGUAGAAAUUGGUGAUAAGUCAAUUAAGUCAUGGAGCAAGUAUUCGCAGAGGCAGAAAUCAACACCCAAAUCAGAAUCGGCAGGAAAAGCCAAUGAAAAGGUAAUAAUUUUUGUAACUUAAGAUAAUGUUAAUUUUUUUUUUUAUAUUCUGUUGCUGCAUGCGUUUUUUUUGGAUAUAAUUAGAUAUUAAAUGAAAUAUCUUUAGUUUUAUUAUGACAUUCAUUCAUGGUAUAAACUUAUUUCUGUCAUUGCAUUGUUGAAUUCUGGAUUAACUGAGUGCUCAGAGAGCUCUUUAUACUUAAGCUUUUGUAAAAUCAUUCUGGCUACUUACAUAAACAAAUAGUUUAAGUGUAAACAAUAUUUGUCUUUGACUUUUACAUAAAUCAUCUUAUUUUAAACUGAAGGGGACAGGCGAAGUUACAGAAGAGUCUACACCUGCGAAACCAGGGUUUGUGAUCAAAAUGAAAGGUUUAUCUGGAUUUUACACAGAGGUAUGAGUCUUCCCUUUUUUUAAAGUGUAUACAGUGGGAUUUUUUUUAUACAUGUAUUAUUGUUUUUUCUUUCAUAUUAGCAUUAAAUUUUUAGAUUUAAAAUUAUUCAUAUCAUAUUGUCAUAUGUGGCCAAAAGUUUAUGCAAUUCACUUCACUCCAUUUAAUCAUGAACUUCAAAAACUCUGUCAGAGAAAACUGAGAUGGAAAACAAUUCAUAUAUUCAGUUGUGUAUUUUUUUUUCAGACAUUUUUCUCAAAUAUGCCAUGUACUGUUCUUGUAAUGACUUUCAGAAAACGGUCCAAGAAUUUUUCAAACCAAUAAAGUUAAAAGCCAUACGAAUACCCAGGAAUGCUCAAAAGAAACCUAUUGGUAAUGUCAUUUUUUUUGGGGGGGGGGGAGGGGGGGAUUAUUCAUAUUUUAAAAAAAAUGUUCCUGCAAGUUUUUUUAUUCAUUAGGAGCUUAUGACUUAAUGUAUACGUUGUCGUGGUAACCUCUAUAAAAAGGAUUCUUUUUCCUUAGGUGUGGCUUUUGUUGAAUUUGGUUCUGAGAAAGAGCAGGAGCAAGGAAUGGGAAGAAAUAAGAACUUUUUAAGUAAGUUCUGUACACACAUCUCUUGAUGAAUUUUCAUUCAUUGUAACAGUUGCAUAAAAUAUAUCAUUUAAUUUAUUCAAAAAAAUGUUCAAUGAAAUUUACCUCCAGCAUUCUUGAUGUGGUCUGGGUGGGUUCAAAAAUAAUAAAUGUAUUUAUUUUUUAAUUUAUUUUUUAAAAGCUUUAAAAAUGUGUGUAGCUUCAUCUAUUUCAUCAAUGGCUUCAUCUAUUUCAUCAAUGGCUGCAUACAUUUAAUUCUAAUCACCAGAUGGCAAAAAAAUAUAUUUAAAAAAGUCAACAGAAGAAGUUGCUCCAGAAAAAAAAGUCAUUGCUCCACCUCCUUGGGAACUGAAGGUAAAAAUUAUGAUAUAAAAUAUAAAUAACACUGUUAUUGUUAAAAACUCAAAGUCAAGGGGAAAAAAAUUCCUAGACCUAUCAUCUCCAGAACACACAUGAAUAAUGGUGGGCAUAAUGAUUUGUGAGUGGGUUGGUGAAAGUCAAAGCCUAGGGUAAAAAUUUCAUUGGCAUUAUGCUUAACAUUCCUUAAAAGAAUUUGAUGUUUGUUUCAUGGACCAGUUUUCAAGUUAACAUGUUUUUUAGAUUCUAAAUAAAAUGUCCAUUUAUGUUAGUAUCUUUUUUAUAUAUAUAAAAUUUCUGGCUACUGUAUGUAAUCUUGUACAUUUUAUUUUAUGCUGGGGUUUUACCAAAUAAAAUGAGUAAAACAGAGUAGGGUUAAACCUGAAAAAAUAAACGUAACAAAACAAUGAACGUGUUGGCAGAAAGCCUUCGUCAGCGAACAAAACAACAGACAAAACAGUCUAAAAAUAAGAAAUAGCACUUAGCUGGUAAGUAGUAUCUGUGGGCAGCAAUAGAAGUGUGGCAGAAGGAAAAUGAGUGAGAGUUUAAAUAAGCAGCGGCAAAAAAAAGGGGGGAGAAAAAUGUUCACUGUGAUAGGUCAGAACGUGAAGGGGCGGAGCUAGGGUCAAGCUGUGAACAGAGACAUAACAUUAAUACCAUCUGGCGUCAAAGUGCCGUUUUACCAGGUGAAAAAUUUCUGUGGGAUUCAGUUUUGAUUAUUUGUGCAGGCAUUUGCCUAAUCCGAAUACAUUUCACUGGUGCAAUGCUAGGCUCUGGGUGAAAUUUAACUCAAAAAUAUACACUUAACGUAACCACAUUAUGUCCCUCCAUGAGUUAUGACACAGUUUGUUCGCCUGGCCGCUCCAUUUAAUAAUUCUUAUAACUUUAUACUAUUAUUAUUCCUUAAAAAAGACUUUAAAAUUUAACGCAAGAGCUUCUCUUAUGUAUUGCAUUUUAUCAGACUGGGCUCAUUAACUCUUAGGCCUUGGAAUAGUCUUUGAGAGACUUCUGGUUUGAGCGAUAGAACUCCUAAAUUGUUUGCAUGUUUUGUUACCCAUUGAGGUCAUGAGCCAGGCACACAGUAUCUAUGGAAUUAGAAGCGAACUAUUUAAUGAUUUCUCUUUAUGUAAAUUUAUAUCAUUGUUCGAAUUCAAAAUAUGCGUUAAAAAAUUUCAAGUGUUGAAACAUGUCUGUCCUUUUUGAAAUUUAAUUCUGAAAAUAGUAAAUGAGGACCAUGUAAUUUUAAUGUGCCACUUUAUUUAUCAGUUGUGAACUAUUGUAAAAUCAGAAAGAGUAAAUGAACCUGGAUUUCAUGUAGGAGUGUGGCACUUUUUGUUUUAAUAUAGAAUAUAUUCAGCUCUGCUUCCUCUAAGAAGAAAUUUAACGUUCUUAAUUUUGUGUUUUCACAUUUGACCUACAGGCUAAAGAAUCCAAUCUACAGGAAGUGGAAACCAUUGCUGAUGUAAGUCCAUCAUUUACCUGUCAUUCUGUAUUAUUAUAUAUCAGCUAGAAAACACAAAGAACUUAAAGUGUGCCUUCUAAAUUAUUAAUUAUCAUUGAUAUUAAAUUACAUAAACAAUGCGUUGGUUACGUUUUUUUAAUCUUAUGUCCACACUACUUCAGCAUGAUAUAAAAACAAUAAUUACUUCCUUUUUUUUUUCUUCUAACCAGUCAGGUCGUUUGUUUGUUCGCAAUCUCUGGUUUGGAGUAACAGAACAAGAGCUUGAAGAAGUCUUUGGAAAAUUCGGUCAGCUUUUAAGCUUGGCUUUCUUUAUUUCCUAAUAAGAAAAAUGGAAGAGAGUUGAUUAAAUUUAAGUUAUUUGAAUUUGGAAAACAUUCUUUUAAAACAAAAUACUAAAAAUGGGUGUUGCAAUCCAUGUCUAUGAUGGAUGAGCUGCCAUUGUGAUCUAAACUCUAUACUUAAGGGCAGUUUGAAAUUAGUUGACAUUCAUUUCAACUUAAUUUUAAGCAAAACCCAUUUGAUAUGUGACUAUUAAUAACUUCAUAGAUUAUGUUUCCGUCCUUCGGUUUAUUCUCUACUCCAACUAUUAAAAUAACUUUUUCUCUUAAUUUCAUGCAGGUCCUUUGGCAGAAGUGACGCUCCCUGUGGAUCCCCUGACCAAGAAGGUGAAAGGAUUUGCCCACGUCGUCUUUGUGUUUCCUGAGCACGCCCUCAAGGCCUUCACAGAACUGGACUACACCAGCUUACACGGCCGGCUAAUGCACAUACUACCAGGGAGGGAAGUUAAAGAGGAGGAUGAGUCAAACGGUGGGUUACUCGUUAUCAGAUCAGUGACAGAUUUGGGGGGACAUUACGUAUUGGAAGUUGGGGGGGGGGGGGGCGGUUACAAAGGGAGGUGGUUUUUUUUUUUUGUUUUUUUGGUGGGUUACUCGUUAUCAGAUCAGUGACAGAUUUGGGGGGACAUUACGUAUUGGAAGUUGGGGGGGGGGGGGGCUGUUACUAAGUGAAGUUGGUUUUUUUUGUUGUAUUUUCUGUAUUUGAGAAAUGUUGUCAUAGUUUAAACUGGUCAUACCAGCCAUUUCAAUGUCACACUCCCACCUAUCUGUAAGGGUAACAACAACUACCAAGUCAGUAAUGUAGAGAAAUUAGUUGCUCUUUGUCAAGACUUGAUUCAUCUUCAGGGUGUUAGACUCGGGAUGUGUUGACUAUGAAAAUAUUUCUAUCCCCAAUUAAUUUAUAAGCAUCAAAUUAAAGAUAAACCCUGUUUGCUUUCAGAAAAUUCAUCGUACAAAAAGAAGAAAGAUAAGAAGCAAAAGUCAAAUAGUUCCAGGUGAGUUUUGCAAUAAUAAUAAUAGCUUCUCAAAUUUAAAAAAAAAAUUUCCUCUUUUUUGUGUCAGGUCCUCGAUAAUUUAGAAAGUUUCCAUCAGAGUCAGUAAAUAUUUUAUAAAGCAGUCAGAUAUCCAGGCUGCCAUUUCCUUAAUUAAAUGUUUAAAUUAAUAUUAAGUUUAUAUGCUGUGUAAGUAAACUCUUAACUAUUGCCAUUUGAAUCACGCUUCUGUUUCUGUUCCCUGUCAAUAGAAAGGAUUGCAGACUUUUAAUUUCAUUGUUUCAUUUUUAUUUACUAUUAUUUUGAACAGUUGUUGCUUCUCCUACUAAAAACCUUCAGCAUCUCAUGGUUGACAUAAAUGUCUGCUUUGAUGGUACAUAUAGUCAUUAGUUCAGUUUUAUGUUUGGGGGAAUGGAAUUUACUUUUAAACAAUGUUUGUUAAAACCACUAUAUAAAUUCAACUCUUCCAGCUCCCACAACUGGAACACACUCUUCCUCGGUGCCAAUGCUGUAGCAGAUGCAAUGGCCAAAACAUACAACACUGACAAAAGUAAUAUUCUGGAUGAUGUAAGUCUAUGGUUGUGUCUCAUGCCAACAAGCGGAAGUUAUACUGAUAUCCAUGUGUUCAGGUCAGUUUAAAAAAUCAUAUCUUAUAAGUUUUAUUCCAUUUUUCCAGGACACGAAAGGUAGUUUAGGAGUCCGACUGGCCCUGGGAGAGACACAGAUAGUGGCAGAAACAAGAGAUUUUCUGAUCUCGAACGGGGUCGCCUUGGAUAGUUUUAGCCAGGUGAGUAAACUUUGUUUUACCUAAGUUUAUUGACCUAUCUUUAAUAGUAUUUCAAAUUAUCUAUCUGAUUCCAAAUAAACUUAAAAGCUUUCUCCUAAAUCUCACUUUUCUGGUGUCCCUUUGUUUUUUGAGUUAAGAGAAACAAAAGACUAUACCUAAUAAUGUAUACCCAUUCAACUACACCAUAUUUGAAAAUGAAAAUACAUACCCAUUCAAUUAUACCAUAUUUGAACAUUAAAAUACAUUUGCUAAAGUUUGUCUCUUUAAAAUGUUUUGACUAAUAUAAUGAGAUUUUUUUUUUCUUUUGAAAAUAUAUUUUUUUUUGGCAUAGUUCAAAUAUCUUUAUUUUCCCUUGUUAAAGGCAGCCGGAGAGAGAAGCAAAACAGUCAUCCUGGUGAAAAACCUGCCCUCUAGUGUCACAGUUGACGAGCUCAGGGACAUCUUCAACAAACAUGGAACUGUGAAUCGUGUUGUCAUGCCCCCGUCUGGGAUAACCGCUAUAGUUGAGUAUCUUGAACCUUCCGAGGCAAGGCAGGGAUUCAUGAAGCUGAAUUUUUCAAAGGUGAUUUUUUUUUUUUUUCAUCAUAGAUAAAAUCCCACACUGGCUUAACAGCUGCUUCAGAAAUAUUUUUUUCAACAUAAAUUAAUUGAAAGUUAUGUUGGGUUUUUUUUAGGUUUUUUUUUUUUCCACUUAAAAAUAUUUUAACUUACCAUCUUUCUCUAAGCCCAGAGGAAGUUUCAGCUCAUAAAUCUAUCAACACUGAAACCUGCCACAAUAUAAAAACAUAAGGACCCAUUAAUAAUAUGCAUGAAAUACACCUCAUUUAAAAAUUGAGCAAGCCAAUAGAGUUCAUCGAAGAUAAUGAACAAAAUAGAUAUUCUGACAAAGUUUAAGCAUUCUGAUAAAUUGAAAUAACAUUUUAAAAUGAUGUGCUUAUAAUGCAUAAUGAGUCUUUAUUUUUAUCAAUAGAUCCCUGCAAAACUAGCCACAGUUGUAGCUGAUUUUUUGCAACUGAUAUUCUAUAGCUGUUUAAGAUACUUAUUUGUGAGUUGACCCAAGCUGUGCUGUAAUAGCUUUUGCUUCCAAUGAGGUUUUUAUAAAAAUCUAUUUUUCAGUUCCGCUCUAUCCCACUGUAUCUGGAAUGGGCCCCGAUGGGCAUUUUCAUCCACCCAUCCUCAAAAAGAAAACCUGAUGAGACGCCAGUAAAAGAAAAUAACGCAGGGGAUGAAAAUGAAGAAGAAGGCAAGAAAGAGAUAACAGGAGAAGCAAAACAAGACGAAGUAAAUUUGAUAGCGAAUGUUUUAAAGCGCACAACUUGAUUUGUUCCUCUAAUGGCCUGCGGCUGGUAAUGUCCCCUGAGCAUCAGGCUAAUGUGAUUGUGGGGGCUGAUAUCCUUGUCAUGGCAUUUCUAUGGCCUUGCUUUCUUUUCUCAUUGUUUCUUUGUAGAAUGGGCUCCACAGCUGCUGUUGUUGUAUUUUAUUUUUGGAAAGGUUGGGGGGGGGGGGGGGUUUCCCCAUACUAAUUAUGCUUCUAAGACUGUUAAUGCUCAUGUAGAGCAGGGGCUCCCCAUCUGUGGUCCAUGUCACUUCACUAUCUCAGAAUUUUUCGGCCACCAUUUUCCAACUCUGUUCCUAUUCACUCCCACUUAUAUAAGAGCAAAAAUAAGGUUCAACUAGUGGACGUGGCUGCGACUAUUCUCAGUUGGUGAACUCAAUUAAGUCUUCAAGAUGAGGUAUUUUCAGUACUAUUACUUUUGGCUCUUGCUAAACAAUAUUAUUAAUUUGUAUCUUGUACCAAACAACUGUGUUUUGCAUUUUUGUUUAAACAUAAAUAUCACUUCUUUGUUGUUGUUUUUUUAUAUAUUAUUUUAAUGUUUAUCAGGGAGCCACCUCUGAUGCUGAGCCAGAGGAGGAGGCUACAGUGUUUGUCAAAAACUUGAAUUUCAGCACUACAGAUGAACAGCUCCUAGAGGUAAAUCUCACAUUACACUAUGAACCUGAAAACAAAAUAUUAUUUAACUUCAAUGGGAAAUCAUCUAAUCCUGGUGCAAUAUUGUCUCAUAUAAAAACAACACUCUUCUACUUCUACAUAUUUUUUAUUUAACAUCUUUGUUUAAAUUCAGCACAACAGAUUAACAGCUCCUUGAGGUAAAUCUCACAUUAAAUAAUGAGCCUGGAAACAAAAUAUUAUUUUACUUCAAUGGGGAAAUCAUGUAAUCCUUGGUGCAAUGUUGUCCCAUAUAAAAACAAGACAUUAUUCUACUUCUACGUUUUUUUUUUAUUCAACAUAUUUGUGUCAAUGAUAAGCUUUGCUAAAAAAAAACUGGGUUGUUUUGUUUCACCUUUUUUUUUUUGAGGAUGGUGUAAGUUUUUAUUGAAAACAAUAAAGCUAAAAAGAAGGGGAAAAACACUUAUGCUGGGAAUUUGUUGACUGAAUUCCUCUGCUUGUAAAACUGUGGAGCUAUUAUAAUUUGUCAUAACAAAAAUUCCAUCACAGUUGUAGGUCUUCCAAACUGAAUUAUGUGUAGAAUUGUUGACCAUGACAAACAAGUGGUUCCUUCCCCUGGGGAUCAGUUAUUUCUUGUAAUGCCAUAGUGGUCUCCCUUAGCUGCUUCAUAAUAAGAUUGCUUUACCAGUCCAUCUUUGACCUGUCAAUUAUGUUGUCUGUGAGUUGUGCAAUGUUUGCAUUCUUUCCUGAAAGAAGUGUUGUGCAAUGAGCUUAAGAUAGAAAUAAGUUGGGGGGGGGGGGGGGGGGAAUGUUUAGGAUUGUGUCCAAACCAUUGAUUUUUUUAUCAGUAAAUAGAAUUAAAAUAAAAUGAUCCCAGUCAAUUUAAAAUGGUAUGUUACUCAAUUUUUAUUUCUUAAAUUCAAGUCAAAUAUUAUUUUGUAGCUGACUUUCCUCAUUGUAAGCUCAAAUUUUAUCGUGCCGCUGAAUUUCCUAAUGUUGUGUUUAAGAAUGAUCUGAUCAUGUGCUGAGUUGGUGCCGACAUCUUGUAUAUAUUAUAAUAUUUCAUUUUUUACUAAAGAGUUUUGAAACAUAGUGACCUAUGCUCUGAUCAAAAUUUCUGCCUUCAUCUCUUACUGUGUCUCUUACUGUGUGUGUGUCCCUUACUGUGUUUUUUACGGUGUGUGUGUCUCUUAGUGAGUCUCUUCCUGUGCACUUUAAAAGAUUUCAAAAGAUCAUCUUUAAAAAAAAUUCAGCUGUUUAGAAGCAAGACUUUUGCUAUAUUAUUAUGGGCUUUGAAUAUUAUUGAUUUAUUGCAACAGUUUGCACAACAAGAAGGCUGCCACUUAACUGUCAGUGAGACCAAGCAACUUUGCUGAAAUUAUCAUUUAUAGUUAUAAGCACUCGUAGAGAUGUGUACUGACAAUAUCUUUAGCAUUUUUUUCCACAGCAGCUGGGUGGAAUUUUAUAUGAAAUUUUGUUACGUUAGAAAACAUAUCUUCUUGUUCACAGCAUUUUCAAAAGAUUGACAAAAAAAUUGUUUCUGCAACAGUUUCCAAGAAGAAGGAUCCCAAGAAAUCUGGUAUGUCAGUUUUUAAUAUCUGUUAUUUCAGUGAUAGAUUUAAACCUACUCUGGACCAUCAAAAAUUCUUUUUUGUUAAUUCCCCCCAAAAAAACAUAAAAAUUUUUUUUUUUUUCCUUCAGAAAUUCAGGUUUAAAAAAAUUAUGUAACUUUUUAAAUUUUUUGUUCAUUUAAUUGUUAAACAUGUAACGUCCCAAGUGGAGUUAUGCCCCUUUGCUUAGGCAGCCGGGGAGGGGGGGGGGGGUAAAAACAAAAAUAAUUCUGCUAGAAUAGGUAAAAGAAACAAUGCGUGGUCCAUCACUUUUGAAGUUAUAGCCAGCAAAAACAGUUCCAACUCCCCUAUACCCAAUUUUACCUUUCAAGCUGAUAAAUUUAUAAAUUAAUGUAUAUUUUGUUCCAGGGGAACUGUUAUCCAUGGGUUAUGGUUUUGUACAGUUCAUAAAAAAGGCAGAUGCCAAGGAAGCCCUAAAAGUUCUUCAGAAUUCUGCAUUAGACGGACACAACUUGGAGCUGAAAAUUUCAAAUAGAACUGUCAAGUAAGAGAUCUCUAAUGUUUAAUUCACUUUUCUUUGGUUGAAGCUGGUCUACUCUAAGUGUAUCUCAGUCAGAUUGUCAAUGUGUUUUAUAAUGAGAACCCUUUUGUUAUAUAAAAUGCAAAUAAAGAGAACAUUCCUUUACGUUCCGGAAAUGAAGUCACCUGAAAAUGUUUUCGUUUGUUAUAUGAGGUGAUUUUUGUUUUGGACUUCAGGCAGCUUGUCUACUGGUUAGAUCAGCCCAUUUUGUGUAGUUCUAUAAGUUCCAUGUUGUGUGCCAGGAUGGACCAGUUCUUCUUGCUGCUGACUAUUAAUGUCAAAUUUUCAGCAAUUAGUUGAUUUUUGUGUGAACAUUGUAACCUCCUCCCAGAGAAUACUUGCCUUACACAAUUACUUUACACAAUUGCUUUACACAGUUGCCUUACAUACUAACAAAUUCAUGCCACCUGAUUAUUUAAGCAAUUUAUACUAUUAACAUUUACAGCCAGGUGAAGGGUCGUAAGAAGCAAGAUGAGACCAAGCAAAAAUCCACCAAAAUUCUGGUUCGUAAUAUACCUUUUGAGGCCAAGAAGAGAGAAAUUGAAGAACUGUUCAAGUAAGGGUUUUUUUUUUUUUUUUUUUUGGUGGUUUUUUUUUUUUUUUUUUUUUUUGGUAGUUUUUUUUUUAACAGUAGAAAUUGAUUGUUUUACCAAGAUUGUAUUGUGUGUGUUACCAAUGGAUUGGUUUGCCAAGACCCUAUUUUAUAUGUUACCAUCAGUGGCUUGUGUUCUUACAGGGUGUUUGGUGAGCUCAAGUUUGUGAGACUGCCAAAGAAACUUGGAGGGACGGGACCUCAUAGAGGUUUUGCUUUUGUUGACUUUGUAACAAAACAAGAUGCCCAGGUCAGAUUUAUUUAGUCAUAGUUAAUUAAAAAUAUAUUUAUGUAUAUUUUCUCUUUUAAUUUUUUUUUUUAAGUUGAUUCUAUUUUAAUACUGAGCAUUAAAUCCAAUUAAAUCUCAUAUUAAUAAUACCUUGGAGUCUUCUUUAUUUUUUUUAUGCAAAAAUGAUGUCAUCAAAUGCUUGAUUGCAAUCUCUGGUUAAAUUAAACCGUGCUGAUGUACUCAAUCAUUUUAUUUUCUAAGUAUUACUGUUUUACUAUUCAAAACAAGGAAAACUAUUGAUUUUUUCUUUUCUCUGUGUAAAUUAGUUCUUUUCAUUAGAAACGCUGACCAUUACAUAUUCUGAACAGUAUAUAUCUACUGACUGCUAGGGAUCACUAAGUCAGCUGAUAUUCUCAUUAAUUGUAAAGUUACAAACUGUCAAUCUAAGGUGGCUAAAAAUUAUAAGGUGUGACAAAAUUUCUUUUUUUUUUUUUUUUUUUAAUAUUUUUUUUUUUUUUUUUUUUUUUAAAAUUCUGAUUGUAUUUAACAAUCUGCCUAAUACUAAUACAUAAUAUCAGGGUCAGCAUUACAACAGUUGAGUAUCCAAAUUCGAUAAGGUAUGUAUUGACAGAUAAGAAAUCGGUUUCAAAAAAAGGAAGAAGAAAAUAAUCAAAGUUUACAUCCCUGAGCCGAGUCAAAGCAUAUCUUUGGGACAGUCCUAAUUUUUAACUUUGCUUUUGAUUAAUUCCCUGCCAGAGGGCAUUCAAUGCACUGUGUCACUCGACCCAUCUUUACGGCCGUCGGUUGGUGCUGGAAUGGGCUGAAGUUGAGGAGAGUUUGGAAGACCUACGCAGGAAGACAGCCCAGCACUUUAGUGAUGGUAGGUUCUAAUAUUAAUCUCCCACCAUUUCAGGGAUGGUAUGUUUAAAUUUUAAUGCCCCUCAAUUUCUGUGAUUUGUGAUGGUAGGUUAAAAUUUCAAUUUCCCAUCAUUUCAAUGGUGGUAGGUUUAAAUUUCAAUUCCCCAUCAUUUCUGUGAUGGUAGGUUUAAAUUUCAAGUUUAAAGUCCCCAUCAUUUCAGUUAUGGUAGAUUUUAAUUUCUCAUCAUUUCAGUGAUGCUAGCUUUAAGCAUUGAUGCCCCAUCAUAGUUUUUAAUUAACAUUUCUCUAUUAUCAAGCCAGGCUAAGCAAAUAAUUGUUGCUCAAAUAUAAUCUGUCUACUUGUCAUUCAUGUUGUGUCAUUAAACCUUGAAUCUUGACUCUAAUUCUGAAAUGCAAUGUAAAAUAAAUAUUAUUGUGAUGUAUAUUUUGGAUUUUCUCACAUUACCAAAUCCAAAUUACCAUGUAUCUCUCAUUUACUAUGUGAGAUCCAUUAAUCAGUCUUUACAACUUAUCAUCCGUAAGUCUUGUCAAAAUAAUGCCAACAAAGAAUAUUGUUUCAUUUCAUGGGAGGAUAUUCUUGACUUAGUUUUCACAUACAGCAGGGGUUAUGUUGACAACGCGUUUCAUUAACUUUUCUCAUCAUUUUGUCACAGAUGGUCCCAGGAAGAAGGUGUCAAAAAUGAGCUUGAUGAAUGAGUUGGACAGCUGAGACCAUGAAUAAAAUUGAAAUACUCCUGCAUC